GGAUUAAUGUUUGGGGAAAUGGUCAUUUCGAUGGCUAUUUUUAAGUUGGUAAAGAGUCGCAUGGCCAAUACUUUUGAAAUCUCGACUUUAACAGGCGUGUGGGUACACGAAGUCAAUAAUCCGCCAGUCGCAGCUUCUGCGAUAUAUUCUGCAAAGGUUCGGAUAAUUGGACAUUCUGACGUCAGCAAAAGUAUUAUUUGAGUUUUGAAUGUUACCAUAGAGAUAUUAGAGAUAUUACGAAAUAACUUGUUUCGAGUGUCUGUGAUGGUAUUCUAAACUGCUUCUAGGUCUACGGUUUUUUAAAUUUGACUAUUUUUCUUAAAAAGUGUUGUUGUUUGUCAAAACCAACAACCCGGGUUGCUGGUUUUGAAAAAACUCUACUCUUAAAAUUAAGGGUCAACUUUUUAGAUCAUCAUUUUUCUUCUUAAACACACUGUAUGUAUUUCGUUGGUAGUUUUUUUUGAUAAAUUUUGUUGUACAUUAGCUUCUAGAGUAAUUAUAAUGUCUACUGGAUGUUGUCCAAUUGGUAGUGAACCUGCAUUAGCAGCUGACUACACUCCGAAGGGGAACGAAGAAAAUGUUGAUGGGCUUACAUGUUAUGUGACUGGCUCUGGAGAUAAAGCGAUAGUAGUGUACUAUGAUGUAUUUGGGUUUAACGGUGGUCGCAUACGGUUGAUCUGUGACCAACUUGCCGAGGCUGGUUUUUUUGUGGUUUUGCCGGAUAUUUACCAUGGUGACGCAUGGGUUGCAGGUAAACCAAUGGACGGGCUUAUGGAAUGGCUAAAACAUUUCCCAUGGGAGACUAUGAUUAAAGAUGACACCGCUAAAGUUUUAAAUUUUAUGGAAAGUAAAAGCGUGAAAUAUAUUGGCUGUCUCGGUUUUUGCGCAGGCGCAUGGGAGGUAUUUCACUUGUGUCAAAAUGAGAAGAUAAAGUGCGGUGCAUCAAUGCAUCCCAGCGUGCAUAUUGGUCAAGUCUUUGGAGAUAAUGUGGAAGAGCUAGCUGAGUCAGUAAUAUCACCUCAAUUGUUAUAUCCAGCUGGUGCGGACUCUGACUUUUAUAAAACGGGUGGUAGAGUGAAUGAAAUACUAAAACGAAAGUUUGGUGAUGGUUUUGUUUUUAAAGAAUUUUCCGAAAUGAACCACGGGUGGGUAACUCGUGGAGAUCUGUCGAAACCAGCUGUGGCGAGAGAUGUGAAGCUAGCCAUGGAGGGUGGUGUGGAAUUUUUUAAAAAGCAUCUUUAAACGUUUAUAAAAAAAUUGUUAUAUUUAUUAAUAAUCUGUACGCGUUUGUUUGAACCGUGUAGAGUUCUUCAUGUUUAGUAAAUGUCUUAUAUUUUGUUAAACAUAAAAAAGUCUCGCUGUAAACCAUACGAAUUAUACAGUAAGUCUAGUUUGUUUUAUACAUAAUUGUGUUAUCCGAAAUGAUUUUCAUUCCCCGCGGAAUUUCUGACCCGAUUUCAGUUAUUCGGACUUUGGUUAUUUGAAGCGAUUUCAAUCAUUUAUUUUCCUUUUCUGAAAAAAUAAUGCUUAUCUUUCAAAAUUUUAACGUUUACAAAAUAAAGUUUCCGGAAAAGGCUUUUUUAUACAUUCCGUUUUGUAUACAUUUUAUAUGCAUAUUUAAAAUAAAUAUUUUUUAUUUCGCUUUUUAUUUUACCCACCCUAAUUUUAAAACACUUUCCCAACCUCGUACCCAGAGUAAUUUUUCGCCACUUUGAUAUCCGGUUUAUCGCGUAUAGACUUUUCGAUUGAUCAUUUUGCAAACAUUUAGCUGAAUUAGACUAUUUUAUAGCUCGUAAAUUCUACAAUA